UCCGUCGGCGCCCACGGUCGCCAAGCCGGGCGCGCUGGGCACGCGGACAUGGCCUCGGCCGAGCCCCCGGUGGUCGUGACCUGCAGCGCCCCGGUCAACAUCGCCGUCAUCAAGUACUGGGGCAAGCGAGAUGAGGAGCUGGUCCUUCCGAUCAACUCGUCCCUGAGCGUCACCCUGCACCAGGACCAGCUCAAGACGACCACGACGGCCGCCAUCAGCAAGGACUUCUCCGAGGACCGGGUCUGGCUGAACGGCCAGGAGCAGGACGUGAGGCAGCCGCGGCUCCAGGCCUGCCUGCAGGAGAUCCGCCGUCUGGCCCGCAAGCGGAGGAGCACGCAGGACGGGGAAUCGUUGCCUCCAAGCCUGAGCUACAAGGUGCACGUCGCGUCAGAAAACAACUUCCCCACGGCUGCGGGCCUGGCCUCCUCGGCGGCGGGCUAUGCCUGCCUCGCUUACACGCUGGCCCGGGCCUAUGGGGUGGAUGGCGACCUCUCAGAAGUGGCUCGCCGGGGCUCAGGCAGCGCCUGCCGGAGCCUGCACGGGGGCUUCGUGGAGUGGCAGAUGGGGACGCGGGCUGAUGGCAAGGACAGUGUGGCACAGCCUGUGGCCCCGGAGUCCCACUGGCCCCAGCUGCGAGUGCUCAUUCUGGUGGUGAGUGCAGACAGGAAGCUGAUGGGCAGCACGGCGGGCAUGCAGACCAGCGUGGAGACCAGUGCCCUGCUCAAGUUCCGGGCCGAGGCAGUGGUCCCCACGCGCUUGCGGGAGAUGGGCCGCUGCAUCCUGGAGCGUGACUUCCAGGGCUUCGCCCAGCUCACCAUGAAGGACAGUAACCAAUUCCACGCCACGUGCCUUGACACCUUCCCGCCCAUCUCCUACCUCAACGACACCUCCAGGCGCAUCAUCCACCUGGUGCACCGCUUCAACGCCCACCACGGGCAGACCAAGGUGGCAUACACGUUUGAUGCUGGCCCCAACGCUGUCAUCUUCACGCUGGAGGACACUGUGGCUGAGUUUGUGGCUGCUGUGAGGCACAGCUUCCCGCCCGAGGCCAACGGAGACAAGUUUCUGAAGGGGCUGCCGGUGGCGCCUGUGUCCCUCCCAGACGAGUUGAAGACCGCCCUGGCCCUGGAGCCCAUCCCUGGCGGGGUCAAGUACAUCAUUUCCACCCAGGUGGGGCCUGGGCCCCAAGUCCUGGAUGACCCCAAGGCUCACCUCCUGGGCCCCGACGGCCUGCUAAGGUCAAGGUCAGCCGCUUGACUCCCGCACUCCGGAGGAGAGUGGCCUCACUGGGACUCGAGGCUCCUGGCU